GGCACUGACUCGGAGUGGGCGGUGCCUAUGCCGAGGGCCUGAGCUGCUUUAGCCCUGCGGCGCUGUCCGGAGGAGGUCCUAACCUGGCGUGGCGGUUGGGGAGUGUGGCUUGUAACCUGACAGCCGCAAAGAGAGAGAAGAUUAUAAAUGCCAGAGCCAUUUCACUGAUGGUUUGCUUUUGAAUUCUGACACGUCCUUAAAUACCUUCUUGCAUGUUUUCACUGGAAAGGGUUCAGGAAAAGUAGCAGAGGGGAGGAGAGACAACAUUUAUAUGCACCAUGGCUAUACCAAUAACAGUGCUUGACUGUGAUCUCUUGCUGUAUGGCCGAGGUCACCGGACAUUGGACCGCUUUAAGCUGGAUGAUGUGACUGAUGAAUAUUUGAUGUCCAUGUAUGGGUUUCCUCGACAGUUCAUUUAUCACUUGGUGGAGCUCUUGGGGACAAGUCUUUCCAGACCUACUCAGAGAUCCAGGGCUAUUAGCCCAGAGACACAGAUCCUUGCAGCACUGGGCUUCUAUACCUCAGGUUCCUUCCAGACUCGGAUGGGAGAUGCUAUCGGAAUCAGUCAGGCAUCUAUGAGUCGAUGUGUUGCCAAUGUCACCGAAGCACUCGUGGAAAGAGCCUCACAGUUCAUUCGCUUUCCAGCUGAUGAAGCCUCCCUGCAGGCUCUGAAGGAUGAAUUCUAUGGGUUGGCAGGGAUGCCAGGGGUGUUAGGAGUGGUUGACUGUAUCCAUGUGGCAAUUAAGGCACCAAAUGCUGAAGACCUCUCCUAUGUGAACCGCAAAGGUCUGCAUUCUUUAAACUGCCUGAUGGUAUGUGAUAUCCGAGGGACACUAAUGACUGUGGAGACCAGCAGGCCAGGUAGCCUACAGGACUAUGCUGUGCUGCAGCAGUCUUCUCUCAAUAGUCAGUUUGAAGCCAGAAUGCACAAAGAUAGCUGGCUGCUUGGUGACAGUUCAUUCUUUCUCCAUACCUGGCUCAUGACCCCACUUCACAUUCCUGAAACUCCAGCCGAAUAUCGCUAUAAUAUGGCCCAUUCUGCAACUCACAGUGUGAUUGAGAAGACUUUCCGCACCCUCUGCUCCCGAUUCCGCUGCCUGGAUGGAUCCAAGGGUGCAUUGCAGUACUCACCGGAGAAGUCUAGCCACAUCAUCUUGGCUUGCUGUGUCCUCCACAACAUCUCCCUGGAGCAUGGGAUGGAUGUUUGGUCCUCUCCAAUGACAGGACCCCUUGAACAGCCUGCUGAGGAAGAGUAUGAACAUAUGGAGUCCCUAGACCUAGAGGCUGACCAUAUCCGUCAGGAGCUGAUGCUCACUCAUUUUAGCUAAUGUGAAAGGUGGGGAAGAGAGAAACUUUCCAUAGUUGUAAUAACUUUCAUCCUCACCACCUCCUACACAGUUCCAUCAUCUAACAUGACUAAGUGUGUGGACCCUUGUCACAAAUUGACAUUUAAUCUCGUGUUUUAGAAGGGAUGGGGCUAUGCCAGAAUAUCUUGAUUCUUUUGCAAAUUUACCAACUAAACCAAAACCAAGACAACAGUUCCCAGCUAUCCACUGGACUCCAGGUUGAGUACACUUGUUUAAAAGCUCACUGGUUGUAGACAUUUCUGAUUGUGCCUACAAAAUCAAAACAAAGGGGAAUAUAGAAUCUAGCCAGAAAACUUUUUUUUUGUUUCAAUUACUUAGAGAUUUCAAAUGAAAACAGUAUUUUUCCUGAAUUAUUUGGGUGAUGUUUUAGUUUUUCUACUUUGCUGCCUAUAAAAGUCUCAUCUGAGGCAGGUGUUAAAGAGUAAAUUGAAGAUAGGGAAUGGUCUUUUGACAUAAGUAAAUGGCUAUGAAUCUGAGUUUGGAGCUUUGUGUUUAUAAGAGGAUAUUAGGGGCAUUCUGAAACUACACCUUUAGUCUUUCUGCAAUAAUUGGACUGUAACUUGCACCUAGUUCCUAGGGAGGACAUUUGGACUCUAAUCUCCUAUUGCCAAUCCAAAUAGGAGUUAGAGGCUAAAUGGGUAUAAGAACUCAAUCAAUGUAAAGAAGACGAGUCAAACAUAGAUAAAAUAGCAAGCUUACACUUUACAGGAAAUCUAAAGAUGCUGAUAGAUUGCUGCACAGAGGAGAUUGACCCAGAUUGUGAUAGCUCACAUCUAAAUUACAUUCUUGUGAUCAUGAUGUUAGAAUAUCUCUUUGGCCAUUCUGCUUUGAAAUUCCUUGUACAGAAAGAAGGUUUGGGAUAAAGAAGUCAUGUGAAAGUAUUAAAAAGGAGAGGUAAAAGGAAUAUAAUUUCUUAUCUUGAAAUGAAUUUUGGAUUUAGACCUACUUGAAUAUCUUACAUGCAAAGUGAUGGACAGAAUUUCCCAGGAAAUAAAAAAUCCCCUACCAAGUCUUGUUCUAAAAUUAUACUGAAAAUCAUACUAGAUUAUGUGAAAAUAACCUGAUUGGAACAAUAAAAGUGUGAAUUUGGUUCAUACACUAGUACCUUUACUAGGACAGAAAAGAGAAUUUCCUGAGGUUGUCUUAUUCCCAGUUUCUCAUCCACUCACCAUGGGAUACCUCUGAAUUGUCCUCUUGGAUCAUUUCCAACCUGACUUUGGCGUUGUUAAUCUGGUGAUUUGCAAAGUAAAGAAUUGAACAGCUGAUGAUAGAGGAAAUUUGGAAAUAAAUUGAGGGUGACUCAUCCCCAAGAGUAAAAACAAUUAUGGAUUAUUAUCUUCUGUUUAGUUCUACUCCAAAAGCUAUUUCCCCUCAUCAUCCUACUCUUUGAGCUUAAUAUGUACAAUGAUGUCUUUGAGAUGGGAGUGGAAGGCAACUGGGAACUUUAGCUCUAUUCAUUGUGCAAUAGAGAUGUCCUGGUACUUUUUUUUUCUUUGUAAAGUUUAACUUGUGACCCAAGCUGGUUUUGUCUCUGUCAUAAAGCAAUAUUUUAACUCUCA